AUGCGUUUUAAGUUAUUGAUUCCAAUUACACUCAUUACAAUAUUAGCUUUCAAUAGUGCAACACAAGCUGCACCUGUCCCACAGAAUGUUUCUGAAAGUAUCAUCAGUGAAGAGGUUCCUACAAUUAGCAAUUCUAGUACUAUAUCUAAUAGGACAAUAGAGGCAACAGCUACAUUUAUUAGUUCAUUGGUGAAUGAUGAUUACGAGUCCUCUCAUUUCGAUGUCGCAGAAUAUAGAAGGAAAUUAGCAGAGAAGAACCAAUCCGAUAACCGUAUUGGAUUAAUAGUUGUUUUAGUUUUUGUUUGCUCCUUAGUUUGUGUUCCAGCUUACGCUGUUUUUUUUAUGUAUUCAUACGAAGUUUUUUUGAAAAAGCAGUAUGAGAAUUUCUUUGAAAUGAUAAAGUAUAUCAAAGAAGAUGAUGACGAUAAGGGACAAUCAUGGCUCAAUUUUUUGAAAAGAGUUAUUUUUAGUUGGAGAACUCUAGGAAUUUUCAUCAUUAGUAUUCCUUACCUACCGUGA